AUGGCGGACGCGCUGAAGGAUGAAGAGGACAGUGAUGUAGAACACCCUCUCUCUGAGCUAAAACACUUGUCAGACUCUGGAUAUAAGAAAUGUUCUACAGAGAAGAAAAAUGUGGACUCACGACGGAAAGUCCAGACUCGAGGGAAGCUUAGCUGUGAUGACUGUGGCAAAACAUUUAUUGGAAAAUCCGCUUUAAACACACACAUAAGAUUCCAUACAGGACAGAAGCCCUUCUCUUGUGAUCUAUGUGGAAAACGAUUUAGCCAAAAACAAUAUUUAAACAGACACAUGAGAAUCCAUACAGGAGAGAAGCCUUUCUGUUGUGAUGUAUGUGGAAAAAGAUUUAGCCAAAAACAAUAUUUAAACAGACACAUGAGAAUCCAUACAGGAGAGAAGCCUUUCUGUUGUGAUCUAUGUGGAAAAAUAUUUAGUGAAAGAGGAACAUUAAACAAACACAUAAGAAUCCAUACAGGAGAGAAGCCUUUCUGUUGUGAUCUAUGUGGACAAAGAUUUUGCCAAAAAGGAAGUUUGAACACACACAUAAGAUUCCAUACAGGACAGAAGCCCUUCUCUUGUGAUCUAUGUGGAAAACGAUUUAGCCAAAAACAAGAUUUAAAAAAACACAUAAGAAUCCAUACAGGACAGAAACCUUUCUGUUGUGAUCUAUGUGGGCAAAGAUUUAGUGUAAAAGGAAGUUUAAACACACACAUAAGAAUCCAUACAGGACAGAAGCCCUUCUGUUGUGAUCUAUGUGGAAAAAGAUUUAAUGAAAAAGGACAAUUAAAAAAACACAUAAGAAUC